AUGAACUUUAAGUCACACAUUGUCCACAACAAUAUCGACAAUAUACCAAAUGAAUUUAAUUUUAUGACUGACCCAAAAGCAACUCACCCAUAUGAAAUUUCCUUAGACUUCAAAGAAUUAACAGAAAAUAAGAAAAAAAGACAAUUGAUAGCCUUUACUGAUGGGUCAAAGGGAGAAAAUGGUGUAGGAUCAGGUGUGGUAGUCAAGAACAGUGAAGGAAGAACUUUAUACCAGGCAGCGUUCAAGCUUGCAGAUCAUUGCUCAAUUACUCAAGCAGAAUUAUGGGGUAUAUUUAAAGCCCUCACUUACAUCAGUCAGCUCUCUCACACAACCUAUAAAGAACUACUUGUCUUUACCGAUAGUAGAGCUGCUCUACAUAUACUAAGAAGAGAAAAUAACAAAUCAGCCCUAGCUAAAGAACUCAUAAAUUUGGCAACAAAAUUAGGAAAACAACUAAAAAUCUCCUUCAAUUGGAUACCCGGUCACGCUGGCCAUGCAGGAAACGAGUUAGCUGAUAAAUUGGCGAAAAAAGCCUCAAUUGCACAAACUAAAAUAACAUACUGGCGGCUUCCUAUCAGCUCAAUAACUAAGUACAUCAACCAACAAAUUUGUGCUUUAUGGCAAACAGAGUGGGAAGAAUCACCCACUGGAAGGUUGUGCUUCAAAUUCUUCCCAUCCAUCGAGGACAGACAGAAAAACAGAAUAUUCAAACCAUCGUUCCAAACAACACAAUGCCUGACAGGGCAUGGAUGUUUUAACUCAUAUUUGCGCCAUUUCAAGAAGAGAGACUACAACCAUUGCGACGCAAACACGAACAACGAAGAUACCGUUCAUCACUUCCUCUUUGAAUGCACCAAAUAUACAACCCUCAGAGAAAAUUUCAAGAGAGAUAUGUAUCACAGAAGGGAAAAACUGGCUGCCAAAAGAGAACAAACUUAUAAUGAAUAA